AUGAUAUCAAAAACUUUCCAUACUGCACUCUUCGACGACUUGCGCACGUUACUUGACUCAAAUGAUGACUGCGAUGUAGUCAUAGAGUGCAGUGAUGGACAGAAUCGUCAUGCGCAUUCCAUAAUUCUUCGCGCUCGAUGCCAAUACUUUAGAGUUGCUUUAUCAAGCAAAUGGCGAAAGAAAGACGAGAAUAAAGGUCUAUACGUAAUUCAAAGACAUGGGACGACUGUUGACGUGUUUGAUGUUAUUCUAAGGUACUUAUACACCGGCGAAGUAUAUAUAAAUGCAAACAUUGAUUUAUUCGACCUUUUAUCAACAGCUGAUGAAUUAGCGCUGGAAGAGUUGUUCUCUUACAUUCAAGAUCUUAUAAUAGAAAAUGGAAUUGAUUAUUACAACCGUUGUCCAAAAGUGAUCAAAGUUCUGAAUUCAAUAUUUAAUCUUCAGGCCGCCGCGAAGCUUCAAGAAUACUGUCUAAAAUUGGUUUCGAUGAAACCGAAACUUGUUUUCGAGUCUGAUGAUUUCGAGGCUCUGGACGAAGACAUUCUGGUAGCAAUAUUACAGAUGGACGAUAUAGUGAUGGAGGAAGUCGUUAUAUGGAACUGGGUCAUUAAAUGGGGGAUAACUAAUACGGAAUGCAUUCAAGAUGAUAAGCCAGAUGAAUGGAGUGAAGCAGAUUUUAAUGCCUUGGGAAAUACUCUCUCUAAUCUUCUUCCGUUAAUCCGAUAUUCUGAUUUCUCUCAUGCUCAGUUUAUAGAGCGACUCCAACCGUUUUCUCGGAUGUUUUAUUCUCCUCUGAGAGAAAUUAUCUUGACCCAUUUCAAGAGCCAGCCAGUACUGAAUUCAACGCAAGAAGUGUCUCUAUUAGCACCGCCACGCUUUUCUUGGGUUUCUCGGCUCAUUACCAAACAACACGCUAGUCUAAUAACGUCUUGGAUAGAGGACGACUCGACGACUACCUAUAAACUUCGUUUAUUGUAUCGUGCUACAGAUAUGGGCUUUCGUCUCCCUAUAAAGGACUGGUGUUUGCCCAUGUUUGUUAUUGCCAACAUACGAGAGACCCAUGAGAUCAUUGGUGGGUAUUUAUCUAGAGACGAUAUUGGAAAGAAUGAUAGUUUCUUGUUUGCAUUCAAGGACAAGCGUGAUAUAUCCACUGCAAAAGUGAGUAGAAUAUUGCUCGAAUCGUUCGGCUGUGAGAAAUUUCUGCGCGGCUUGAAAGCUGGUUUUUUCUGUUUUGGCGAGGGCGAGUUGAGAAUCGGUGGAGCGUUCGAUCCAAAAAGUGGGUAUUACAAGAAACAUGCUUACGACGAGCGUCUUAGAGAAUUCGAGGGUAGUUUCAAGAUUGAUGAAUACGAAGUGUUUGAAGUCAUCAGAGCGUAG